AUGUCCACCGAACAGCUGACGCCCGAUCUGGAAGCCCUGCGCAAAGAAUGCUUAGCUGUUUUGAAAAAUGCCUAUUGUCGUUACAGCAAUUUUCCCGUUGGGGCCGCUCUGGCUGGCAAGGAUGGAAAGAUAUAUACAGGAGUCAACGUCGAAAACGCUUCCUUUCCCUGUGGCUGGUGCGCUGAGAUCAGUGCAUUUGGCUCAGCAGUAACCGCUGGCGUUACCGAAUUCACCGGGAUGGCUGUCGCCUGCGACCGGAAAGAAUUUGUUUCGCCCUGCGGUCGGUGUCGCCAGGUGAUCAUCGAGUUCUGUUCCGGAACUGGAAUGCCGAUCCUCCUGGUAAACCGCAAUGGAGACUUCAAGAAAUGCGUCAUUGAAGAUCUUCACAAAAUGGCCUUCAAGGAGGAACAUCUAAAAGACUGCUGA